AUUCACACAGAGGCCAUCCAUGGCUGCCAUGGCAGCUUCCUGUGCACAGCUCAUGCAGCUCAGGGUAUGGCGCCAGCACCAUCACCUGAUUGAUUUCGAAGAAAGGGCAUAGCUAGCUAGGUAUCUGUGACGAGCAAGGUGUGGGCAGCUCAGGCCCAGGGUCUGAUCGAUCUGCCUUCCACAAUUGCCUCACGCGACAAAGUGUCUUACCCCACACAGAUUGGAUCACUCGCCACGCCGACGCAGGUCUGCAUUGAAUUUGAUUUUCUGGAGGUCUUGUGACCAUCCGGCCACAGAUUGCACCUAACGAUGUUGGCGAGUGUGGCGCAGCGAGGAGGCUCGCUUGCGCAUCCUUUUCUAGACAGAUCCCAAGAAAGACCCGCUUCUUCUUGUCAAUCAGAUCACCCUGUCCUUGGCUCGAUCAGCUCCUGUAAAGGUCUCAAAACCCGGACUCGGAAGGAGAGGAUCUUCAAAAAUGAGAAAAAGCAGCAAGGGCCUCGGAGGCCCAGUCUGGCAAGGACGAUUGCCACCACUUGUGCCGCCAGCACUGUAAACCCCAGCACUACAGAUGAUCGACCUGAGGCUUUUGGGAUAGGAAAUAUCAUCCUUGGCAUCGAUAUUGGGGGCACCAGUGUAAAGGGGGCCCCUGUCGACACCCGCACGGGCACGUUGAUGAGAGAGCGUCAUCGCAUCUGUACGCCACAGCCAGCCACCCCAGAAGCAGUGGCGGCAGUUGUCAAGGAAAUGACAGACCACUUCGACUGGGCAGGCCGCCCUGUAGGCAUCGGCUUUCCAGCGGCGAUCCGGGACGGACAAGCACUGACAGCCGCAAACUUAGAUAAGCGGUGGAUUGGGGUCGACACGUUGGAGCUGUUCCAGAAUGCGACGAACUGCUCGAACCUGGUAGUUGUGAACGAUGCGGACGCGGCCGGUUACGCCGAGAUGGGGUUCGGGACGGGCAAGGGCGAGCGGGGUGCAGUGCUCAUGAUUACGUUCGGUACGGGGGUGGGGACAGCGCUCUUCAUCGAAGAAGUCCUGGUCCCAAACCUGGAGCUGGGCCACAUCGAGAUCGACGGGGAGGACGCUGAGCCGUCGACGGCGGGCGUGGUUGUCGAGCGGCUGGGGCUGACGUGGCAGCAGUGGGCAGACCGCGUGACACGCUAUCUGACGGUUAUGGAGAGAUUGCUAUGGCCCAACCUGAUCAUCGUGGGCGGCGGGGUUAGCGAGGCGGCGGAUCAGUGGCUGCCUUUGGUUAAACUGCCGGGGAAAACGCAGAUCAGGGUCGCCACCAUGCGGAACGACGCCGGGAUCGUGGGUGCAGCUCUUGCAUGUUUAGCAAAAGCUGCUUUGGAUUACAAGGUGUGCGUUACGGUGGAUGAGUUGACUGACGCCUGACCAGAAGCAGAACAUACGCUGUCACGCAAUCCCAAUUGCCUUCAGAGUAAUCGGUGCCGCUGUGCUUCGAGCUUCAUAAUUGCUGGCUCUCACAAUCCUUCUUAUGUCAGAUAGUCUUAUGUCACACUCCAUGCUUCACAAUCCACUUAAGUCGGAUCAGUAGCGCCUGUGGAACGGUUCAAGAGCAUAUGACAGUUGAGGCGACAAGCCCUUAUCUAUGCAAAGAGUUACAAUAGAUGCUACUGUCAAGUAUAAUUGUCAGGUUUCUGCGGAGAGGCGCAC